UCUGUUUCUAUCCACCCCAAAAAACCCUCUAUUCACCCCGUUUUACGGUACUGUAAUAAUGGCAAAGCGAGUCCAUCGUAAAUGUAGAAAAAAUAUUCCAUUCAUUAGAAAGCCCGUUUUUCUGCUAAAUUAUGCAUCUGUUGUACCUACUUAUAAAUCUUACUAUUGAAACGCGUCUCACAUUGAUGCGAAUAUUAGUCAUAUUCUUAAUUUUAAUAGUUCUAGUGAGUUUUAUCAAUCCGGAUCAGGAAUAUACGAGGUAAGGUAGGAGGUAGGUAAUGUACACUGCCUAAGCACUUGUUUUAUAGUGUACUCUGUGGUCAAUGCUGUAGUCUGUGGUCAUUGUUGACAAUCUGUCUGUUCGGUCUAGAGCUGUACAUUGUUGUUGUUUAUUUUUGAACCAAUAAACAGAUUUUGUUACGUACAAUGGAUAUAUCCGUGUCAUCUCCAGGCAUUAUGCAUCGUUUAUGCCGAAUUUGUUUACAGGAAGUCAAAGAUAGUACGAACUUGUUCUCGAUUGAAUCUCAAGAAAUUUUGAAAAACAUAUUUCUAUGUUUCCAAGUUACUUUACGUACUGAUAAACACUUGCCGCACCUUAUUUGUAGUGAGUGCCUUAAUGAAUUAAAUAAAGCAAACAGUUUUCGGCUUAAAUGCAUCUCAAUAGAUGAACGUUUGGGGCUAAUUUGUAAAGAUGUUGUUGAGGUGAACACUGUUGACACCAAAAGCAUUCGUGAUAAAACCCCAAUAAUUCAAGAAAGUUCAACUACUGAUAUAGAUGAAUGUCAAAACGACUAUACUGAAAGUAACGAUUUCAUCGGUCUUACUGAUUCUAUGAAUUGUAACGAAUCUAACACUAAGAGUAAUAUUCCUAGUGACUUCAUUUGUGACUUGUGUAACAAAGUAUUGAAGACAAAGAUAUCGCUUUUGAAACAUUACGUUUCCAUGCAUGAGAAAAGAAAACACAUUGGGAAAGUUUCCGGGUUUGGUGCAGCCAGACGGUACCACUGCACAUCAUGCCCUUAUUCCACGCCACACAGCCAAACACUGGUCAGUCACAUGCGAACACAUAAUGGAGAGAGGCCAUAUAGCUGUGAAUGUGGUAAAAGUUUCACUCAGUCAUCAAGCCUUGCAGCUCAUCGCAAAACUCAUAGUACUACAACCUAUUUCACAUGUUCUCUAUGUGGGAAACAGUUCAAACAUGCCUUCACUAUGAAGAAUCACAUGCGUGUCCACGAAAGAGCUAGCUUCUCUUGCAACAUUUGCUUUAAAGCAUUAAAAUCUAAGGAAACACUGCAAGCUCAUAUGUACAGACACUACAAAAUCUGUAAUUAUAACUGUGAAGACUGUGGAGAUACAUUUGUUACAUCAGCAGAGUUACUAAAUCAUAGGAAGAAGCAUAAUACAGAAAAGAAAAUUGAAUGUCAUUUAUGUGGGUACAAAACCCAUACAAAGAAGAAUCUCAUAAUUCAUCUGAAAAGACAUUCAGGCAACAGAGCAUUCAAAUGUGAUAUGUGUCACAUAGGUUUCUAUACACAAAGCAACCUCAGGCGUCACCUGAGGGUACACACGGGUGACAAACCAUACUCAUGCCCCAGCUGUGGUCAGAAAUUCACUUACAGUCCUAGCUUAAACAAACACAUGAAAACUAUACAUGGAGUGGACUACAAGUGGGCAGACUGGCGAGAUAGCAUUAUACACCCGGAAAAUAAGGAAGGUACUAUGCCAGGUUCAUCCAAAAAACUUAUUUAAAUAAAACAUAAUUUAAACAUAGAA